CCAAUCGCGGCCGAAGCGCACCUAUACUCUCGGACUGCCUGCGUCUUGCCCACGCCUAUGCCGAUGUCCAAAAAGAAGUGCCCGACCUUGGUAGUUGACGACGCUGCACCACCAUCCCAAGGGAAGGAGGACGAAGGGGUAUACGCCGUCAACCAGGGGAACAACAGGGGCGAGCUCCGCAGCUCUUGUGAUCGGUGCUGGGUGAAGAAGCGUCGUUGUCCUGGUGGGCAGCCCUGCCUUCGCUGCAGGCGUGGGUCCCAUUCAUGUUCGUACUCGGCGAAGAGGAAGCUAGGGCGGCCGCCCGCUCUUGCUUCCCCUAUCAAUGCGGGUGCCGUGCGAAGAGCCGGUGACAACGGCGUCAGCAGCAUCAGCAGCAGCAGCAGCAGCAGGCAGACACAGCAGCAGCAGCAGCAGCAGCAGCAGCAGCACGGGAACGUGAAAAGAGAGCAGCGGCAGCAGCACGGUCCAGUGACGGAGAAACAUUGCUCGGAAAUUGUGGGUCCAUCGUUUUCGUCCUCUUCCGCAACCGGGCUCGGUGGGCUUCAGGAGUCCAGCUUCCUGGAGUGCUUCCUGAAGCACUGCAGCCCCAUGUGCGCCGUCGCGGACGAGAGAUCGGUGCGGCAGGGCCUAGUCCACGCCUUCGUGAGCCGGUGGACAACGACGGCGUCGGCGUCGGAGGCCUCGCCGAUCGACAAGCUCGAGGUCAUGCGAGGCAGCGCGGUCGAGUGCACGCUCUUCUCGGCGAUGGCCAUAGGCGGCCUCAUGCUGGGGUGCCCCACGGUGACCGUGGCCCGCCACCUCGCGGCGGCGCGGCAGUGCCUGGGCAGGUUCCGCAGCGGGCUCUGCGAGCAGAGCGCCGUCGCCGCCCUCAUCCUGUACGGGCUGGCGAACGCGCUGCUGCCGCCGUGCGACGGCGACGGGCAGAGGGAGUACCGGUCGAGCAUGGACGACGCCCAGGAGAUGUUCGGGUCCCUGGAGCCGCAGGACCCCUUCGUCAACGCCUUCAUGACGUACCGGGGCACGUGCGACAACCUCGUGGCCUUCAUGCCCGACUCCUUGUACUCGGUGAACCCCGUCAACAUCUCGGGGAGGCGAGGAGGCGUGACGGCACCGGCCCAUGCCUCCACCAGUGGUGGCGCCGACGGCGGAGAGGGGGGCGGCGACCAGGUGUGGAAGACGCCGGGGGGUGCUAUGACGGCGGGGGCCAAGCAGGGAGCGGACGCGAUGCGCGUGUCCUCGGCAAAGCCCGCUCAUCCCGCGUACGUCGUCGCAGACUCGAUGACGCUUGUCUUGCGCUUCGUGUGCAUGGAAGGGGAUGUGAGGACGGGCUGGGCCAACGUCCACGACUUGAUCAGCUCGGAGUUGAACCGUCUUUUCAAGGAGCAAGCGGGCGCGCUGGUGCUAACCACCCUGGCGGGAAACCUGAUAGCAGCCAAGUCUAGGAUCGGCACGUCUGAAGGCAUGCUUCCGGUGGCUGAGAUAGUGCUUGCGAUGUUCUGCAAGUGCCCCGGCUUGUUGAGGAAGUCGUUCGAUGCCCUCAGGGCUCUGGUUGUGGCGGCCACGGAGCAGGCGAUGGUCACGUUCGACGAGUUCGGCGUGGGCGUCGCCAUCUGCAGCACCGACCAAGGGCGAGGAGGGAGCGGCAACGACUCGCUGCCGGUGGCGGCGGCCAUGGGCUUGUCUUCCGGCGCCGUGGGCCUCGGGGUGACGGUAGAAGCCUCCGCCGCGGCUCCUCCCCGCCGCCGCCGGCCCUUGUCGCCAAGGCACGGUGGCACCAGUGGUACGCCCAAGUUCAUGGCGGCGGCGGCGGCGGCGGCACCAGUUCCGUCGUAUGGCGGCGGCGUGGCGUCGUCCGAUUCGAGACCGGGUUGGGAGCAGUUUGGCGCGGGCGGCGGCAGCGGCAGCGGCAGCGGCGGCGGCGGCGGCGGCGGCAGCCGUUGGACCCGUCGGCGAGAUGGCGAGCUCUUUGACGAUUCGACCCCUCGGGAACCGUGGACGCUUGCCUCCGGAACAGCGGGAGGAAGGAGCCAAGCAGGAGGCGGAGGAAGGAGGGACAAAAGCGACGGCGGGAAUGUGUACGGAUAUCCCCCUCUCGCCCCGGGCCCUCACCACCCAUACGUCCAAGGCCGCCUCCCGGUCUCCUCGCCGGCUGCCGGUGGUUGGGCGGGCUCCGCCCGGGCGUCUCGAACCGAGGCAACCGCGGAACAGCAGCAUGGCUUCUUGGACGCGUCGUCUUCGUGUGCCCCGGUCGGCGUGGACCAGAAGAUGCUGCAGAGCGUGCUACCGCCGUCGGCGGCGUCGGCGUCGGCAGCGGCGGCGUCGGCGGGUGGCAAUGGUGGGCGUGAUUUCGUGAAGGAGCCCCCCCAGCAGUCCCUGUGGAAACAGGAAGGCUGCCCCCGCGGUAGUGAAUCGGACGAAGCAAUGGCGAUCAGAAUCGGGGGUGGCAGUGGCAGUGGCAGCGGCGGCGGCGGCGGCGGCGGCGGCGGCGAGCCUCAACAUUAUCACCAGCUUCAGCUGGACGAGGCAGUGAACGUAGGUAUUGGCGGCGGCGACAGCUGGGGGGCUGCUGUGCGUGGCGAUGAUGCCGGCGGCGGGGGGCGGGUAGUCGGCGAUGGGACAGACCGAAACCGACACGUGGGGGGCGGCGGUGGCCGCGGCGGUGGCGGUAGCGGCGACGGUGGCGGCGGCGAGGCGGGAGGGGCAGUGUGCGCUGACCUUGUCGGCAUGCUGCUGGAUGACUAG